GAGAGCUCUCACAGAGUGUCACAGGAGGCCAUCCUGCUCUGUGUCCCCAGAGAAAUAUCACAGCAGGGGUACUCGCCUUUCGAGCAUCAAAGCCCUCAGGGCAGCACAGUGUGAGGCAGCUGUGUCCCAAGGGUAGGCAGUGAGUCACCCCCAGGUUCUGCCUCCAGCUCAUGGGGCUCACAGCUCAGCAGUGAUGGCAGCCCCAACCAGCUGUGCCUUUCCGGGUGCAGGCAGCUUCCCAGGACUGUGGGGCACCCGGUCCCGUUUAUCCUGAUUCCUGAGGAGGGAGGUGUGCAGCCUGACCGGCUGCAUUCAGGAUCAGCCCAGCAAUUUUCCAUCCUGCUGAGCUCUCCUUGGCUAGGAGUGAGCCUGGAUCCCUGCAGCACGUGCCACAUGAGGGACAUGACGUGUAUCACAAGCAUCACCCAGAUAAUGUUCAGCAUCCCUCUCAGCCUGCCAGUCACUGCCUACACCCCAUCCAACAGGCUGCACCCCACCACCACAGGCUGGCCCAGUGCUGGGGUGCCCGUGUUCACUGCAGCAUGGAUGCACGGUGCCAGCGCAAUGCAGCAUUCGACAACACGGCCCAGCCUGCUGCCUGCUGCCCCGACUGGAUGGCAGCGCUGCCUGACGCCUUGCCGCUCUCCCGCCUCUCCAUCCCCGGCACACACGACUCCCUCAGCCUGUUUGGUGGCCGGCGCCUGCGCUGCCAGAGCUGGAGCCUGGAGGCCCAGCUGGCGGCUGGCGUGCGCUUCCUGGACGUGCGCUGCAAGCUGGAACGGGGUGAGCUGCGCGUCUACCAUCUGUGUGCCUUCCAGCGGGUCAGCCUGCGGGGCGUCCUGCGUCGCACCCUGCGCUUCCUCCGCGCCCACCCUGGCGAGGCUGUGUUGAUGCGCAUCAAGGAGGAGCUCCCCUUCUUCCCGCGGACCCGCUUUGCUGCCCGGCUCCAGCGAUGCUUGCUGGAGGAGAGCAGAGGUCGGCUGUGGUGCCGGGAGGAGGUGCCCACGCUGGGCCAGGUGAGAGGCAAGAUCGUGGUGCUGGAGGCACUGGAGCGGGCGGUGCUGGGCAUCCCCUACGAGCGGCUGAGCAUCAGCGAUGCGUGGAACGUGCUCUCACUGGAGAGGAAAUGGGCACGAGCACAGCGGCACCUGGACGCAGCAGCCAGUGGGAACCCUGCCACCAUGCACCUCACCUUCUGCUCCGGCAAUGGGCUCUUCACUUGCCCCGAGGACGUGGCCCGCUUCGUCAACCCUCAGUGCUAUCAGCACCUGCAGCGCUGCUCGGGGCAGCCGGUGUGCUGGGGAGUGGUCAUUUUGGACUUCCCUGGAGCAGGCCUGCUCCAGCUUAUCAUUGAGAGCAACGUCCCAGGGACAAAUGGAGGUGUGCCAGGUGCCCCCAGCACCCCACAGACACCCCAGCGGCAGCGGGGACGAACGCUGCGGGUGGCACCGCUGGGGCCGGUGUCUCCCAUGCUGAGGGCAGCCUCACAUGUCAGCCGACAGACAUCAGUGCAGAAGGAUGCCCGGAGAUCCCACACAGCGCUGAGACACCUCUAUGUGACAUCUGUGUGACAGCGGCGGGGCUGGCAGUCAGAGGUUAGUGGCCUGAGCUGCCGCUGUGCAUGGCAUCCCUCCAGGAGCCAGGUAUGGUGUUGGUGAGGUGGGGGCGAGCCCCAGCAUGGGUCUAGGCCAGCAAGAUCCCCAGUGGAGUUGGGGAUAGAAUCAAUCAUAGAACCAUUUGAGUUGGAAAGGACUCUUAAAGGCCAUCUGGCCUGCAGUGAAC